CGAAGUUUUAUUACAUGGUGAAGAACGGCGGUCUUUGUGUCGACAGGAGAAAAAGACAAGAGAAUAAUGGCCGAAAGCAAGCAGAAUCGUGAUGAUGUUUCCACAUGCUCUAUAUGUAUGGAAACGUUCCGGAAACCAGUAACGCUACCCUGUCAGCACAGCUUUUGUAGGGAAUGCAUUGGUUUGUAUGCUGACAAGUCUAAACCUGUACGGGCAGAUGAGACCUCUGGCAGCACGGGGAAUGAGGACGUUCAUCAACUGAUCUCAUGCCCUGUGUGUCGGGCACCGACCAGUCUAGGGAGAGAAGGUGUGGCUGGUCUGCCACCCAACUUUCAUCUGGCAAAAAUUGUGGAGAGGUUCUCGUCUGUUGUAAAGGUUGAGGAUGACACCCCAUAUUGUUCUAUGUGUGAGGUGGAAAAUCACGCUAAAGCUGUCAAGUUUUGUACCAACUGUGGUGUGCUCUACUGUCAGGAAUGUCUUGCAAAUUACCAUCCAAUGCGGGGGCCUCUGAAACGUCACCGACUGAUUUCCUCCGUGGAGUACCUCUCCCAGGACACCUCACAGGGUCAAGUCAGCAGAGACCACCAAUCUACUCAACAAGCCACAUGUUCUAGACAUGGUCAGCCAUUCUGCUUGUACUGUGUAACGUGCCGGAUGGUGAUCUGUCUGGGGUGUGUGGUUGACCAUCCGAAACACGCUGUGCAAGAUAUAAAAUCUGCAGCUGAGAAUGACAAGCCAGAUGUUUUAACCAAGACUAGUGAACUGGAGAAAGUUCUACAAGAAACUAAAGAAUCACUGUCAGGAGUUAUGAGGCUGCACAAUAAGAUACAGGAAAACCAGGAUCUUCACACUCAGGAGGUAGAAAAGGCUUAUUGCGCAGCCUUGGAAGCUUUACAAGCCUGGCGGCUGCACUCAUUAGAGGCUAUGAAAACGCGCUAUUCACAGUGGAGAGUGGAGUGUAGCGCCAUACUCAAACAUUUCCAAAUACAGGCUCAGGAAAUGGAGAGUAUGGUACAGGCUUCCAAAGAUUUGUUGACGUCAAUGGACGUCGAGUUUUUACAGGGUUCCACAGACUUCACCAAAAUAAUUGAUGAUCGAUUGAAUGAGAUAAGAGCAGAUCUGGAGAAACAUGAAGUCAGCAGACAGAAGCUUCUAGAUUCUGUACAACAGGACCAUGUUGUCCCCAGACACGUGACUGUAAAGGAGUCAGUGCAAGAUAGUCAGGACUUAGAAGCAGCAGUCGGUGAACAAAUGUCACCCCUACGUGUUAAAAAGCCGACGCUGAGAUUCACAGAGACAGACGACAGUGACCUGCGAAUCAUUGAGAGCGGCUCUGUGGUAAAGGCUGAGGUCUUGUCCGUGGGGAGGUGGUGGUGGAGGAGAGCUGUGUCAGACGGGCGUUACCAGACGGGCAGGUACUACUGGGAGGUGCAGAUCACCUGUUCACAUGGCUGUUACUGUGACUGUUGUGUAGGAGUGACACAGGUGAGGCGUGAUGUGAGUGAGGAGACAGACCGUGGCCGUAACUGCUGGUACAUUGGGAUGCAGUACAGUGGUGAUAAGGUCAGGUGUGAUAGUCUCUGUGGUGGUGAGGUCAAACCUGGCUAUCGACAGGACAGACGUUACACACGACCUCAUCACCUGGGUGUGUACCUGGACUGUGAUAACCACACACUGACAGUCCUGGACUGUGACAACAACCAGGUAAUGUGCACUGUCAGUGAUGUUAUCGUCACAGAGCCUCUCGUGCCAUGGGUUGAGUUUGAAGUCUGGUCUGAAUCUGGAUCUGUGUCUCUGUCUGCUCGUCUGGUAACGGGUGACUCUGCAACUCUGCCUCCAGUUCUCUAUGAUAUGAUAAACACUUCCUGACCCUCGGGUCAUUAUUCAUUACAUCUUUUCCAUCAUAUUAUAAUUUGUUGAAAUAGACUUUAAUUAGCAUUUAAACAAACUGACAAAUUUGUGUAUUGAUGUUUUAGUUAAUGUCAGCAGUGGGGCUAAUUCAGUAUGUAUAGCUUCUUCUGCAAAGUGGUCAGUGAUCUGUUACAAGCUUACAACUUGCUGUAGUUAUACACAGUCUGUCUGACUUGUCCUGAACAUCAAUGUCAGUUUUCUUCCAGAUAAAAUACAUGUAGAUAAUGACUGGGUAGUUUUAUUUUUAGUAAUGGAGACUUGUAAAUCAGCAUAAUCAGGAGUGUCACUGAGCAAAACAGUUCACAGUUUAUACAUGACAAUACAUAAUAUAGUUAACAUAGUACAUGUAGUAAUUCUUGUUGUGUUACGUAACUUUAGUUCCUAAAAAAGUACUAAAUGAGAGAUAUAUCACUUACCCUUUUAGGUUAGACAGGAUAAUUGACUUUCCUUAAUAACUAUGUAGUAAAUCUUCAACGUGGAAAAUAUAUAUACCCUUACUUUCGCGUGGUACCUUGCCAUACCUCCACAUGCAGCUUGCACUUUUGUCUACAACAUUCUCGGCUACCAUUUUUUUUUAGCUGAAGUGGCUGAGAGUGAAGUCAUAACAUUUUCUUACCUUGGUAUCCGCUACAGAGGUGAGUAAUAACACUAGGGGAAAGAUUUUCAGUUCUAUCUAGAACGAAUAAAAUUCUGAUAUAUUUUAUUUCAGACAUGAUUUUUUUCCGCUUUUUAGCGGAAUUCCGCUUUUUCUUUGUUCAGUUUCGAUUAAUUUACCUGUUUUCCGCAGAUUUUUCUAGCUUCCGGGGCCUAGGCGGCCCCUGGACCCCGGCCUUUUUGGGCUAUGAUAGUAAAUUUCAGCUAUUUUCUUGGUUCACCACAAUCAUGUCUGUUAUUUAGACAUGUUAGAUGUAAAAUAGCACAGCAGAAAUUUAUAGUGUACAACUUACAUGCCUCGGUGUCAGUUUUAUCCAAUCAGUCCUCCGACUUCAGUUCGGAGGCAAAUCUUGGACCCAAUUUCCCGAAUUGCGCAUGUGUAACCUAUAAUUAGGACGAAGUCUUUACAGAUUUUGUAAGUAAUUUGUUUAUAUAAAUUUGGCACUGAAACCAAAAUUUUACAUGGCUAAUAGCAAAAGUCAGAUUUCAGAGCUGUGUAUAGUAGCCCACCUGGUUUGAUACUCUACACGUAAGUGUCUGGGAUAGAAUGUUUUGUGAAGAACGGGGUUUAAAUUUCUUUAUGUCAAAAAGAAAAUCUGCAGAAAUGAACAUUUACCCUGUAUUUCCUUAAAAUGCAACACUUGUUCUUAGAUGCUAAAACCCUUUCCCCACUUGUGCAUUUGGAAAUGAAUUUAAAAAACUGAACAAAUUUUUAUUAUUAUUGCUUAACAGACAGCAUAUUUAAUCAAAUUUCAUCAAAGAUAAGAAGCAGAUCAACUUUCAGACGUAUUUUGAAACACAGCAUUAGCAUAUGUAAUGUUGUAAAGUCACUUUGCAUAUAACAAAAUUGCAAUACAUAAUUGUGCAUUGCUGUACUAAGUGUCAUACAUGUAUAUAGGUGUUUCAGAAUAUGUGAUAAAAAUGACUUGCUAGGUCUAUCUGUACACAUCCUAAAACAGUUCUGGUCAAAUAAAUGCAAUCUUACACUCGCCUGUGUAAAUGAAAUUUGGAAAUACAAGCCUUAUAAGUGUGAGGGGGAAAUUUUGCAUAAAAAGCAAGGGAGUGGGAAGAGUAGGCGGAGUUGGGGUUUUAAUGGUUGGGGAUAACCCAUGGUAAAUACACAAAAAGUAGUCCAGUUAAGGCACUCACAACUUGACCUUAUCACAAUUAACGGUGAUCAGGCAAAAAUUGUUUUGUUUUUUUUUGUUUUUUGUCCUUACUGUGUAUGUAGUAAAUUUGUUAAAUUUAACCUCAAAAAUACAUCCCCUACUAAAUUUUCGUGUGGUACCAUGCCAUACCUGUAAGCCUACAUGCAGUUUGGACUUUUCUCUACAACAUAUCGAAAAUCAACGUAUCAUUAUCGCCAUUUGUUUGAGCUGUGGUUACUGGAAGUGAAGACAUAACAUCUUCUUACCUUCGUAACCUUCAUGGGGUGUGCAGAAGGUUUUUAGUUCUAUCCAAAACAACUAAAAUUCUGAUGUAAUUUAACUAGAUGCAAAAUAGCAGUGCAGAAAUUUAUAGUGUGUCUUAGUGGCAGUUUUAUCCAGUUUUAUCAGUGCUUGUUCACACUUCAGUUUCGGAAGCAAAGGUUGGACCCAAUUGCCCGAAUGGCGCAUUUAUAACCUAUAAGGUGUGCUGGAGGUAUACAUGAGGUACAUCUAAGGUGUACCCUUGAGGUGUAGCAUAUCUGAUGGUGUUUCUGAGGUAUACAUGUACUUGGGGAUGUAUGUCAGGUGUAUUGAGGGUGUAUCUGAGGUACUGCCAAUUAUGCAAAUGAGUACCUCAAGUAAACCUAUAGAUAUGGCACACCUCAGGUAUACCCUGCAAAGAUUACAUAAAAAUAUGAUGUCUGAGGUAUAGCUGGAAAUAUAGCUCAGGUAUAUGCUAUUGGCAAGGUGGAUGUACAUGAGUUACUAGACAUAUUUCCUUCAUGAAUACAGACCAAAAUGUGUUCUAAAAGUAUAACAGAAAUGUGUUUAAAAACGAAACACCUGUUUUAGUUUGUAAGCUAUGUGAAGAAGGGUGCUAAGCAAGUAUAUCAUAAAAAUAGACUUCUUUAUUUAAACAAGAUUUCCAUGUAAGUGCUGGGAUGUUAGAUAAUAUGCAUUAUUGGACAUUGUAUUCACUUCUCAGGUGGAUCCCUAUCCUGUAAGUAUUACACCGUGUCUGGUGAUUGUAUAUGAUGACAUUGUGAUAAUUUGGCCCAGUGCAAAUGAUUUGUUUUAGGUGUGUUAUACGUUUUUCUAAAUACAUGUACAUUGAUUACAUGCAUGCCGUGUGUCAGUUGUGUAAGGACUUCGUUUAGAAUGUAGUUUGUGUUUGGCUCGGAUGUGCUUAGUCCGGUGAACUGAUAUGUGUAUAGUUGUUACACCGUUUUUCUUUGGUUUUCCUUUUUUUCAAAUUAUGAUGUAAACAAUCCUGAAAAUAAUUUUUCUUUCAUCAAUUUUUGGUGUACUUAUAUUGAGCGUUAAUUAAUGUAUGUAUUGUUGUUAAGACGUUUUUUCUUUGUGUUUUGUUUUUCAGAUUUUGUAAACAAUCUUAUCCACAAUUUUUCUUUUAAAAGCCGGAUCAGUUUUGUUUAUAUGUACUGAGCGUUGAGUUUUCUUUAUUGCAUACAUGUAUUAAUAACUUUAACAUGAGCUGUCCCGUUCUUUUGUUUAAUUAACUUCAUCCAGAUCUGUAGACCUACUCGUGCUUAGAGUAAAUUGACAUGUAUAAUAUACACCCUGAUAUUAUCUGCUUGUAAGACACUCACAGCCAGCUUGUAAUGGCACGUAUCACUAUGUGUGCUCUACAGAAUGGGUAGAUAGUUCCAUUUUAAGUUUAACAUCAAAGACCACCAUUCAUCUCCAACUUGAUCUGUAGCUCAUCCAAACACUUGAUAUGUUGCCAUGUGUAACUUUGUCAGGGUGUUUUUGGUUCAAAGUCCCCGUUCAUGUAUAUGUUAAAACAAACAACAUUGUGUCCAUCUAAAAUCAGCUGGAAAAUCAUCUUUGGUUUCUGAACUUUGCAAGUGCUAACGUCUGGCUUUGAGUCUAGACCAGUGACCUCAUAUAUAUUUCAAUUAACAAACCCCUCAUUUUUUUACCUAAUUCUCCUUAAGCCAUGAUGCUUGGGGGUUUGUAAAUUGCUACUAUUUAUGCAUUUACAAGAACAGCUAGAACAAAACCCUAAUUGAGGUAAAUUGAUAAGAGACUGUAUUUCGCCGGUUACGUGUGACCAUUUGCCAGCUCUGGUUUACUCUCUAUGCUGUACGCCUUUAAUUAUAUUGUGUCUGAUUUACUUUAACAAGCGGCGUCAUCACUAGUACUGUAUCUAUGGCAACCUGCGGUCAAGAUUAUGAAGUCAUCUAUUAGCGCAUUGCGCCAUUGCAUCUGCUUGCUGUUAUUUUGAUGUCAGUUGUAUUUUUACUCAUCCACAUGUAAGAUUCAGUGAUAUUUUGCCAUUUUCUGUCCUUUGUGUUCCAACUUCUGAUGGAAAUAUGCUAAAUAAAAAUGAAUGAUUGUUUAUUUUUGUAAUUCUCGUUUGAGUGGUUGAGUUAG